CAGCAUAGUUCUGUCACAUUCUUUGUACUUCCUUACAGAACAGGAAGUAUACUGUACGGUGUCUGUUGGUCUCUGUGUAAGCAGUAAAAUGGCAGAAGCUGCUGUAAAAUCUCUGGAUUCUUUCAGCUGCCCGAUCUGUCUGGAUCUACUGAAGGAUCCAGUGACUAUUCCCUGUGGACACAGUUUCUGUCUGGGUUGUAUUAAGGACUGCUGGGCAGGAGAUGAUCAGAGGAAGGUCUACAGCUGCCCUCAGUGCAGACACACCUUCACUCCAAGGCCUGUUCUCAACAAGAACACCAUGCUGGCUGAACUAGCUGAGGGUCUGAGGAAGACGAGGCUCCAAGCUGCACCCCCUCCUGCUGCUGAUUCUCCUGCUGGAUCUGGAGGUGUGGAGUGUGACGUCUGCACUGGAACAAAACACACAGCUGUUAAGUCCUGUCUGGUGUGUCUGCUCUCCUUCUGUGAAGCUCAUAUUCAGCCUCAUUAUGAAAUUCCUGCCUAUAAGAAGCACAAGCUGGUUGAAGCCUCUAUGAACCUGCAGGAGAAGAUCUGCUCUCUUCAUGAUAAACUACUGGAGGUUUUCUGUCACACUGAUCAGCAGUGUAUAUGUCUUCUGUGUGUGAUGGACGAACACAGGGGUCAUAAGACAGUCUCAGCUGCAGCAGAAAGAGCUCAGAAACAGAAACAGCUGGUGCAAACUCAGAGGGAAUCCCAGCAGAGAAUCCAGCAGAAGGAGAAGAAACUGCAGGAGCUGAGACAGACUAUGGAGACUCUCAGGCGCUCUGCACAGGCAGCAGUGGAGGACAGUGAGAAGAUCUUUACUGAACUGAUUCAGUUCAUGGAGAGAAGACGCUCUGAGGUGAAAGAGCUGAUCAGAGCUCAGGAGAAGACUGAACUGAGUCUGGCUGAAGAUCUCCUGAAGAAACUGGAGCAGGAGAUUGCUGAUCUGAGGAGGAGAGACGCUGAGCUGGAGAAGCUUCUACACUCAGAGGAUCCCAUCGAUUUCCUCCAGAGUUUCCAGUCUCUCUCAGCUCCUCCUCAAUCUGCAGACUUACCCCAAAUCCCAGUCAGUCACCAAUUCUCCAUGGAGGAACUGAAGAAAGCUGCGACUGGAGUGAUGGAACGAAUGGAAUCGAAACUGGUCAGGUUUUCUGGAGGGUUCAUUUCUUCGUCCAUGACGGCUGCUCCUCUUCAGAAAUCGGAACAGCUCCUUCAGUCUCCUGAACCAAAGACCAGAGAGGACUUCCUGAAAUACACCUGUCAGCUCACUCUGGAUCCAAACACAGCCCACACACAAAUCGCUCUGUCUGAGAGGAACAGAAAAGCUACUCUGAUGCCCCAGAAACAACAAUAUCCUUACCAUCCAGAGAGAUUUGAUAGCGUUCACCAAGUUCUCUGCAGAGAAAGUCUGCCUGGACGCUGUUACUGGGAGGUGGAGUUUAACAUGAAUUAUGUUCAUAUUGCCGUCUGUUAUAAAAACAUCAGCAGGAAAGGAGGAGAUUAUAAGUCUGGAUUUGGGUUCAAUGAUCAGUCCUGGAGUCUGAACAGCUGGUACUCCAGUUUCUCUUUCAGACACAAUAAUAAAGAGACUAAACUCCCUGUAGUCUCCAGAUCCUACAGAAUAGGAGUGUAUGUGGAUCACAGUGCAGGAAUUCUGUCCUUCUACAGCAUCUCUGACACAAUGACCCUCCUCCACAGAGUCCACACCACCUUCACUCAGCCCCUCUAUCCUGGAUUUUGGUUUUAUGAUUUUGGUAAUGUUCUUCAGAUAUGUGAUCUUAAUUAAACUUCAGUUAGAAGCUGAUCAUGUGAUCAUCUACAGUCUUAUAGGGAGUCUAGUAAAAUGCAGUCUAGCCUCUGACAGGCUGUUAGAAACAACAUGUAAUACAGCUGCUUUAAGUCUGUCCUGUGUGUUCUAUACAUUAUAGAAUGUGUACUUUCAUGGAACAGAUUUAAAAUGUCUUUUCCACUGUGAAUUUCAGUCUUUAUAGCAAAUUGAAUAAACUCAACAUUUGAUUUCAAUCACAAUAUUUAGAUUAUGGUUUUAAUUUGUCAGAACAUAAAAAAUAAUUUUGCUUUUAAAUCUAGUCAAAUUAUUGGUCAGUAUAAUUCUGGCAAGAUAAAACGAUUGGAAAAAAAUGUACUCAAUUAACAAUGAAAAAACAGUAGCUUCAUCCUUUCAGAAAAACAGUCAAUAACAACUUUCUCUCCACUCUGUCUGCAAUAGCACAGAGAGUCAAAUACCUGCAUAAAAUGUAUUUUUGGCUUGUCAGUCACUAGAGGAUGCUCCCAAGUUAGUUCAAAACAAAUUAAUUGGUUUCUGUGGAGCAAAUGAGCAAAAUCAUAGUUUAUCAAUGUUUGAUCAUUUUUAUAUUUAAAAAAGGUUUUUAUUUUCUCCUCACAGAACAGUGUCAAAUGUUUCAGAAGUAACACCAAUUAAAAGCCUUUAAACAAGCACAGAGUAGCAGUAAUUCUAGUGUCUUUGUUAAAAACCUGUUUGCUGUACAAAAAUAUAUUGUGUAUCAGUAUAUAAUAUAUUGAUCAAUUUUGCUUUUCUAAAAAAAUACUUCAUUCUGUGGCACUGCUGAGAUGUAAUGUAUAAAAUAAUAAUCACAAUCAAUAAUCUAUUUCUUGAUGACUGCUACAGUGUAUAUUGAGCCAAAUUUAAGCUUAAAAAUCUUAAGCUUUGUUAUAAUUGCAUAAUUCACCUCUGAACAGCGACAGGGCUAGCGCUUAACGCGGGUAGUGGCUAAUGCUACUUCUGCUCCAGCUGUGCUAGCCGGAGUUAGGAGCAGUCUACAGUUCGAUAAUAAACACCUCUGAACGUCAAAAGAGCUAGUGGUUAGUGUGGAUAGCGGCUAAUGCUAAUACUGCUCCAGUCUCGAGUCUCUGUGCUGGAGAACUAAACUAAAACUCCUGUAUAAAGCUGCACUUCAGCAGAGUGGCUUUACUGCCCCUUACAACCUGAAUUGUAAGCAUAAAUAUAAUUCAUACAUAAGAUGUACCAGAUUGUAAGGAGAACUGAGGAUUUUUGGGGAAAAUUAAAGAUUUUAAGUGCCUUAGUGUGAGAAAUACAGUAGCUACCAAAGACAGCGAACUUUAACUUGGAAUAUUUUUACUAAACCUACAGUUUUUGUACAUUUAGUGCAUUUAACAGAUAUAGUGCAAUCUAAUCAAUAUAAUUUAAUCAUAAAUUAAGGUUUAAUGUCAUCGCUAAUGUUUCUCACACAGGCAAAACAAAUUCAAGGUAACAUUGUUUGUACGAGUUGUCAGUUCACAUUAUGUUCUCUUAUUUUUCAUUCAUAAUGUGUUCACUGUGUAAAUACAGCAUGUUUGAGGAGGCAACGGUCAUGUUUGUUUUGCAGAUUUAAUACAGCAUCUGUGAAACAGAAGCUACAGGAGCGUAAUUGAGUCAUGGCUUGCAGCGUUCUCAAUUGGACUCCAAGUAGUACAAUAACAGCCCUCAAACCCACGGCCUUAACUAGCCCUUUUUUAGGAGUGCUCAGUAUCCCUGUAUUAAGUUCUAGCACUGCUAAAAGUGAAUUUAUUAUCUUUUUCUGAUCAGCUAAAACAAAUGUUUAAAACUUCCCUGCUGGCACACAACCGAUCUUCAAUAUUGAAAUGUGGUUAAAAUAUGACUAAAGUAAUGUCUGUUGUUGUUUCAACGUUGAAACAACGUUCAAUGGUUGUGCUAACGUUUAAAUUUUAACGUUGAAACAACGUGUAGUGUUCAAUGGUUGUGCUAUCGUUGAAAUUUUAACGUACGAUUAUUGUUCAAUGGUUGUGCUAACGUUGAAAUUUAAACGUUGAAUCAGUGUUUAAUGUUCAAUGGUUGUGCUAAUGUUGAAAUUUUAACAUUGAAUCAACAUAAUGUCUUCAACCUUCUGCCUUUUGAAUCAGCCUUUUACAUUUCAUCACCAUAUAAUUUGAAAAAAAAGUGUUUUAAUU